AUGUAUAGCCAUGUAUUGCCAUGUAUACCUAUGUAUAGCCAUGUAUUGCCAUGUAUAGCCAUGUAUAGCCAUGUAUACCCAUGUAUAGCCAUGUAUUGCCAUCUAUUACCAUGUAUUGCCAUGUAUUACCAUGUAUCACCAUGUAUUACCACGUAUAGCCAUGUAUAGCCAUGUAUAGCCAUGUAUAGCCAUGUAUUACCAUGUAUCACCAUGUAUUACCAUGUAUAGCCAUGUAUAGCCAUGUAAUGUCAUGUAUAGCCAUGUAUUACCAUGUAUCACCAUGUAUUGCCAUGUAUACCCAUGUAUAGCCAUGUAUACCUAUGUAUAGCUAUGUAUACCCAUGUAAUGCCAUGUAUUGCCAUGUAUACCCAUGUAUAGCCAUGUAUACCCAUGUAUAGCCAUGUUUUGCCAUGUAUAGCCAUGUAUUGCCAUGUAUACCCAUGUAUAGCCAUGUAUUACCUUGUACAGCCAUGUAUUACCAUGUAUAGCCAUGUAUAGCUAUGUAUUACCAUGUAUCACCAUGUAUUGCCAUGUAUUACCAUGCAUUAUUAUGUAUUACCAUGUAUCACCAUGUAUAGCCAUGUAUAGCUAUGUAUAGCCAUGUAUGGCCAUGUAUAGCGAUGUUAUGUCAUGUAUAGCCAUGUAUAGCCAUGUAUUACCAUGUAUCACCAUUACCAUGUAUAGCCAUAUAUAGCCAUGUAUUGCCAUGUAUAGCCAUGUAUUACCAUUUACUGUUGUCUAGCCAUGUUUUGUCAUGUUUUACUAUGUAUUACCAUGUAUUGCCAUGUAUUACUAUGUAUAGCCAUGUAUUGCCAUGUACAGCCAUGUGAUUCCAUGUAUUACUAUGUAUUGCCAUGUAUUGCCAUGUAUUGCCAUGUAUUGCCAUGUAUAGCCAUGUAAUGACAUGUAUGACCAUGUAUCACCAUGUAUUACCAUGUAUAGCCAUGUAUAGCCAUGUAUUGCCAUGUAUUACCAUGUAUUGCCAUGUAUUACCAUGUAUCACCAUGUAUUACCAUGUAUAGCCAUGUAUAGCCAUGUAUUACCAUUUAUCACCAUGUAUUACCAUGUAUAGCAAUGUAUAGCAAUGUAUAGCCAUGUAUAGCCAUGUAAUGUCAUGUAUAGCCAUGUAUUACCAUGUAUACCCAUGUAUAGCCAUGUAUACCCAUGUAUAGCCAUAUAUACCCAUGUAUAGCCAUGUAUAGCCAUGUAUUACCAUGUACAGCCAUGUAUUACCAUGUAUAGCCAUGUAUAGCCAUGUAUUACCAUGUAUCACCAUGUAUUGCCAUGUAUUUCCAUGUAUUAUUAUGUAUCACCAUGUAUUACCAUCUAUACCCAUGUACAGCCAUGUAUAGCCAUUUAUAGCCAUGUAUUACCAUGUAUCACCAUGUAUUACCAUGUAUAGCAAUGUAUAGCCAUGUAUAGCUAUGUAAUGUCAUGUAUAGCCAUGUAUGGCCAUGUAUUACCAUGUAUCACCAUGUAUUACCAUGUAUAGCCAUGUAUAGCCAUGUAUUACCAUGUAUCACCAUGUAUUGCCAUGUAUUUCCAUGUAUUAUUAUGUAUCACCAUGUAUUACCAUCUAUACCCAUGUACAGCCAUGUAUAGCCAUUUAUAGCCAUGUAUUACCAUGUAUCACCAUGUAUUACCAUGUAUAGCAAUGUAUAGCCAUGUAUAGCUAUGUAAUGUCAUGUAUAGCCAUGUAUGGCCAUGUAUUACCAUGUAUUACCAUGUAUAGCCAUGUAUAGCCAUGUAUUACCAUGUAUCACCAUGUAUUGCCAUGUAUACCCAUGUAUAGCUAUGUAUAGCCAUGUUUUGCCUGUAUACGCAUGUAUAGCCAUGUAUUGCCGUGUAUAGCCAUGUAUUGCCAUGUAUACCCAUGUAUUGCCAUGUAUAGCCAUGUAUUCCCAUGUAUACCCAUGUAUAGCCAUGUAUUGCCAUGUAUUACCAUGUAUUGCCAUGUAUGACCAUGUAUGACCAUGUAUUACCAUGUAUAGCCAUGUAUAGCCAUGUAUAGCCAUGUAUAGCCAUGUAUUACCAUGUAUCACCAUGUAUUACCAUGUAUAGCAAUGUAUAGCCAUGUAAUGUCAUGUAUCACCAUGUAUUACCAUGUAUCACCAUGUAUUGGCAUGUUUACCCAUGUAUAGCCAUGUAUACCCAUGUAUAGCCAUGUAUACCCAUGUAUAGCCAUGUAUUGCCAUGUAUACCUAUGUAUAGCCAUGUAUUGCCAUGUAUAGCCAUGUAUUGCCAUGUAUUACCAUGUAUUGCCAUGUAUUACCAUGUAUCACCAUGUAUUACCAUGUAUUACCAUGUAUCACCAUGUAUUACCAUGUAUAGCCAUGUAUAGCCAUGUAAUGUCAUGUAUAGCCAUGUAUUACCAUGUAUCACCAUGUAUUGCCAUGUAUACCCAUGUAUAGCCAUGUAUACCUAUGUAUAGCUAUGUAUACCCAUGUAAUGCCAUGUAUUGCCAUGUAUACCCAUGUAUAGCCAUGUAUACCCAUGUAUAGCCAGGUUUUGCCAUGUAUAGCCAUGUAUUGCCAUGUAUACCCAUGUAUAGCCAUGUAUAGCCAUGUAUUACCUUGUACAGCCAUGUAUUACCAUGUAUAGCCAUGUAUAGCUAUGUAUUACCAUGUAUCACCAUGUAUUGCCAUGUAUUACCAUGCAUUAUUAUGUAUCACCAUGUAUCACCAUGUAUAGCCAUGUAUGGCCAUGUAUAGCGAUGUAAUGUCAUGUAUAGCCAUGUAUAGCCAUGUAUUACCAUGUAUCACCAUUACCAUGUAUAGCCAUAUAUAGCCAUGUAUUGCCAUGUAUAGCCAUGUAUUGCCAUGUAUACCCAUGUAUAGCCAUGUAUUAUCAUUUACUGUUGUCUAGCCAUGUAUUGUCAUGUUUUACUAUGUAUUACCAUGUUUGCCAUGUAUUACUAUGUAUAGCCAUGUAUUGCCAUGUACAGCCAUGUGAUUCCAUGUAUUACUAUGUAUUCCCAUGUAUUGCCAUGUAAUGACAUGUAUGACCAUGUAUCACCAUGUAUUACCAUGUAUAGCCAUGUAUAGCCAUGUAUAGCCAUGUAUACCCAUGUAUAGCCAUGUAUUGCCAUGUAUUACCAUGUAUUGCCAUGUAUUACCAUGUAUCACCAUGUAUUACCAUGUAUAGCCAUGUAUAG